AAUAGACUAUAUCAUACUCCACCAGGAAGAGGCUGGCUUUAUAUAGGAAAGAGUGUUUUCAGUUGUGAGAGGGCUUUUCUGUUCCUGGUACUUCAAGAAUUUCUCAUGUUCUUGAGUUGGUGUAAAUGAAUCGGCCAAACCUGGAAUUUAUACUUAUGAAUAAAGAAAUAUUUGUAUAUUGUGGGCCAGAUUUUGAUAGCAAGGUUAAGUCUGCUUGGAAUUGCUGAUAGGAGUUACCCGAUGCAUAAUGUUUGAACAAAAUCACCUAUGCUUAUAGUUCAGCUGCUUUCACAGUUAAAUUCACCUCUUAAAUACAUUUCUUUUCUCAGACAUCAGUGAAUGUUAAAUUACACCUAAUAUGAUGCCACGGAAUAAUUUGGAAGCCUCUACUUGUAAAAUGGCAGAGCCAUUUAAUUUUGAGAAGAAGGAAAGCAAGCCCCCGCCCCAGGACCCUCUCAGAAGUCCUGUAGCACAGCAUAACCACCCCACCUUCAGGCUGAAAAGCCCAGAGAACGGGAAUACAAAGAACAACUUUUUGCUUUGUGAACAAAACAAACAGUAUUUAGCUAGUCAGGAGGACAGUUCGGUGGUCUCUUCAAACCCUGCUGUUGUCAAUGGAGAAGUCGGUGGGUCCAAAGGAGACAGGAAGCCGCCACCAACAGGAAACCCAGUGUCACCAUUAAGUCUUGGAAACAGUUCACCUCCUAACCAAGUAAAAACUAAGCCCAGCAGUAAUGUGACUCCUGAAAAAUCAAAAAAAUCUCACAAGUUGUUUGAGAAUGCCUUGUCCGUAAAUAAUCCAGCACUCUUCAACUCGUUAGGACCGCCCCUUCGGUCAACAACCUGCCACCGCUGUGGCCUGUUUGGGUCGCUGAGGUGCUCCCAGUGCAAGCAGACGUACUACUGCUCCACGGCCUGCCAGAGGAGAGACUGGUCUUCCCACAGCACCAUCUGUAGGCCUGUACAGCAAAGUUUGAACAAGCUUGAAGAUAAUAAAUCACCAUUUGAAACAAAGGCCAUUGAAGUGAAGAGUGAGGUUGACUGUCCCCCGGGAGUUACUAAAGAAAUAACAGCGGGUGCUGAGAGAGUAAUGUUCUCUGAUUUGAGAAGUCUCCAACUCAAGAAAACCAUGGAGAUAAAGGGUACAGUUACUGAAUUCAAGCACCCGAGUAACUUUUAUAUCCAGUUGUAUUCUUCAGAGGUUCUAGAAAACAUGAACCAACUCUCUACAAGCUUGAAAGAGACAUAUGCAAAUGUGGUGCCUGAAGAUGGUUAUCUUCCUGUUAAGGGGGAAGUUUGUGUUGCCAAAUACACAGUUGAUCAGACCUGGAACAGAGCCAUAGUACAAGCCGUGGAUGUGCUGCAGAGGAAGGCCCACGUCCUGUACAUUGACUAUGGGAACGAGGAGAUGAUCCCGAUAGACAGCGUUCACCCGCUGAGCAGAGGCCUUGACUUGUUUCCUCCUUCUGCCAUAAAGUGCUGUGUGUCAGGCGUCAUUCCCACUGCGGGCGAGUGGAGUGAAGGCUGUGUUGCAGCUGUCAAGGCCCUUCUGUUUGAGCAGUUCUGCUCUGUCAAGGUCAUGGACAUCUUAGAGGAGGAGGUACUCACCUGUGCCGUUGACCUUGUUCUACAGAGCUCAGGAAAGCAGCUGGACCAUGUGCUGGUGGAAAUGGGGUAUGGAGUGAAACCCGGUGAGCAGAGCUCCACGGAGCAGAGUGUGGACCACAGUGCAUUGGAGGACGUUGGAAGAGUGACAGUUGAGAGCAAGAUUGUGACAGACAGAAAUGCCCUGAUCCCCAAAGUGCUGACUUUGAAUGUGGGUGAUGAGUUCUGUGGCGUGGUUGCCCACAUCCAGACACCAGAGGACUUCUUUUGUCAGCAGCUGCAGAGCGGCCACAAGCUUGCGGAGCUUCAGGAAUCCCUCAGUGAAUACUGUGGCCAUGUGAUUCCACGCUCUGACUUUUAUCCAACCAUUGGGGACGUGUGCUGUGCUCAGUUCUCAGAGGAUGAUCAGUGGUACCGCGCCUCGGUUCUGGCCUACGCUUCUGAAGAAUCUGUCCUGGUUGGAUAUGUCGAUUAUGGGAACUUUGAGAUUCUCAGUCUGAAAAGACUUUGUCCCAUAAUUCCAAAGUUGUUGGAUUUGCCGAUGCAAGCUCUAAAUUGUGUGCUGGCAGGCGUGAAGCCAUCAUUAGGAAUUUGGACUCCAGAAGCUGUGUGUGUCAUGAAAGAGAUGGUACAGAACAGGAUGGUCACAGUGAGAGUGGUGGGCAUGCUGGGGACCAGGGCCCUGGUGGAGCUCAUCGACAAGUCGGUGGCUCCUCACGUCAGCGCUUCUAAAGCUCUCAUAGACUCGGGCUUUGCCAUCAAAGAAAAGGACGUGGCAGAUAAAGGCAGCAGUAUGCACACAGCCAGUGUUCCCUUGGCCAUUGAAGGUCCAGCAGAGGCGUUGGAGUGGACGUGGGUGGAGUUCACUGUUGACGAGACCGUGGAUGUGGUGGUCUGCAUGAUGUACAGUCCCGGGGAGUUCUACUGCCACUUUCUUAAAGAUGAUGCCUUAGAGAAGCUCGAUGACUUGAAUCAGUCCUUAGCAGACUACUGUGCACAAAAGCCGCCCAAUGGCUUUAAGGCAGAGAUAGGGCGGCCUUGCUGUGCCUUUUUUUCAGGUGACGGCAACUGGUACCGGGCUCUAGUCAAGGAGAUCUUACCAAGUGGGAAUGUUAAAGUCCACUUUGUGGAUUACGGAAAUGUUGAAGAAGUUACCACAGACCAACUCCAGGCGAUAUUACCACAGUUCUUACUACUUCCAUUUCAGGGGAUGCAGUGCUGGCUAGUAGAUAUACAGCCCCCAAACAAGCAUUGGACAAAAGAGGCCACAGCAAGAUUUCAAGCAUGUGUUGUGGGGCUCAAACUCCAAGCCAGAGUUGUGGAAAUCACCGCGAACGGCGUGGGCGUGGAGCUCACCGAUCUUUCCACUCCUUACCCCAAAAUCAUUAGUGAUGUGCUCAUCAGAGAGCAGUUGGUCUUAAGGUGUGGUUCACCACAGGACUCACUGAUGAGCAGACCUGCUAAUCAACAUAAGCAGAUCGACAGCCACAGGGUGCAAGCCAGCCCUUCAGCAGAGCAGUGGAAGACAAUGGAAUUGCCAGUUAACAAGACUAUAGCAGCAAAUGUACUAGAGAUCAUAAGCCCAGCCUUGUUCUACGCCAUCCCCAGUGAAAUGUCAGAAAAUCAAGAGAAGCUGUGUGUGUUAGCAGCUGAAUUGUUAGAACACUGUAAUGCUCAGAAGGGCCAGCCAGCCUACAGACCACGGACCGGCGACGCGUGCUGUGCUAAGUACACAAAUGAUGACUUCUGGUACCGGGCCAUUGUUCUGGAAACGUCGGAAUCUGAUGUGAAAGUUCUCUACGCAGAUUAUGGAAACAUCGAAACCCUGCCUCUUUCCAGAGUGCAGCCCAUCCCAGCCAGCCACCUGGAGCUGCCCUUCCAGAUCAUUAGAUGCUCACUAGAGGGGCCGAUGGAGCUGAAUGGAAGCUGUUCGCAGUUAGUGAUGGAGCUGCUGAGAAAUGCCAUGCUGAACCAGAGUGUGGUUCUCUCUGUGAAAGCCAUUUCAAAGAAUGUCCACGCAGUGUCAGUUGAAAAAUGUUCUGAGAACGGAAUGAUCAAUAUAGCUGAGAAUCUGGUGAUGUGUGGCCUGGCAGAAAACCUCACUUCUAAAAGGAAAAGUGCUUCCACUAAAGAGAUACCACACAGCAGAGACUGCUGUUGCACAGAGUUACAGAAACAGAUUGAGAAACACGAACAGAUUCUCCUCUUCCUCUUAAACAAUCCAACCAACCAAAGUAAAUUCACAGAGAUGAAAAAGCUGCUGAGAAGCUAAAAACAUCAUCUCUUGGAAAUAAACACUGGGAAGAAAGAGACAGCAAACGCCAGACCUGAGAAAGAAUUGUGUGUGUGUUUUGUUCACUAGAAUUGCUGCUUCCUCCUCUUUCCUUAGUGACUUUUAGCCUCUCCGCUGUGCUUGCUUACUUUGUUCUGUCGGGUUUGCUGCCCUCUCCCCGAUUCUUUCCACGAAAUACAUGAAUCUUACAGAAGAGAUUCAUGUAUGAGCUAGGCGCGGUGGUGCACACCUGUAAUCCCAGCCAUGAGCAGCAUGAGGCAAGACCUCAGGCUCAAAGCCAGCAAGGGCCUAGUUAGAUGCUUUCUCAUCACAAACAAAACCAAAAGGACAUCAAGAUUCAAAAUGUAUGAGACGACUAGGAAAGACUAUGAGGUACCUUCUGCUAAGAGUGUGUGUGUGUGUGUGUGUGUGUGUGUGUGUAUGUGUGUGUGUGUGUGUAUGUAUUUGCUCUACUGAGUAUAGAAGCUCGAGCCUCUCAUGUACGAGGCAAGCUCUCCUCUUCCUCUGAGCUACAGUCCCAGCUCUAGCAUCUCUUUGUCUUGACAGUGCUGAAGAGGAGGAGGCUAGGUGUUGCAUGGAUAGGUGUGGUCGGUAGCUGGGUCUUAGCACUGUUGGUACGUUCCAGGCCUUUCUUUGCCAGUGGGACGCUCCCUGUCAUCUGCUGCCUCGUCCCGAUGCGCUCUCUUUGGUUCCUUGCUUCUGGGUGGCAUGUUUUCCUGGGUAACUUGUGGCUCACUCCAAGGAUGUGCACUGCUUCUCUCAGCUGUGCUUGGAUGGCUUGGCUUUUCAUCUUGGAUCAUAGUGUGUCCACAAGCUCCAGCCUUGACACUAGGAGGACUCCAGAGGGCCUCCUGGGAUUUUUUUUCCCACUAGUCUGUAGCCAUUCAGACUUAUGCUCUAGAAAUAAUUCACUGUCUUCUCAAACACAAAUUCAGUCAUCAAUUUAAAAAUGGAGAGCACAUUUGUCAUACCUCAUGAUCAGAGAUUGUCCUAACCGUAGCCAUGUGCAGCAGAGUGUGCCUUCCUGACAGCCCAGUAGUCUCUCAUACUUGUCCCACAGUUUCAGUGCCAUGUGGCCCUGUGGUAACCUAAUACGACAUCAUCAACUCAACGUUGAUAAGUAAAACAUUGACGUGGGUGGGUUUGUUUUGUUUUCCUGUUACUGGCAGUGUGAGUCAGCUCCUCUGUUGAGUCGACCUUCUCAUGUAAAAAGUUGCUUGGAUGUUGAUGUGUCUCAGACAGUUAAGUUUGUCCUGAUUCAGGCAAUAAAGCCACUUGUUUUCACCUUG